ACGUCAGGUGGUCUUGCUUUGAACUGAAGACGCUUUCGUCUACGUCUCAUCUUUGUUAGUUUUAGUCAUCAGACGACAAUUCGCUUCAAGUCUCUUUCUUCGCCGUCCAAUCCUAAAACAAUCUUGUCUUUCUAUGUUUGGAUUCGUGAAAAAUUCUCCUUAUUUUUAUGAGGAUGGCCAUAGUACUCACUACGUCAAAAAUGCCAAAUUGCAGUGUUCAUGCAAGUCAAAAUUUCUAGACUAGACUAAAUAAAUUUCUCCCAAAAAAUGAUAGAUUUUGUUCUUCAAUCUCGAGAUAUAAAAUAAAGGAAGAGCAAUCAAGCCAAGUAGAGUUGUUGCCGCCGCCGCUGUCGUCUUCUUCCUCGUUUAUUCGCAGGUUUAGUACGCUCUUGUCGUACUCCUUGUCGUAGGAACAGAUCGAGACGAACCACCAAGCUCAUCUAUGGCUGCCUCCGAUCUCACGCACCGACCAGGUUUGGCAAUCGUGAUCAUGGGAGUCAGUGGCUGCGGUAAAUCGACAGUAGCAGCACUGCUUGCUGAAACCUUAGGCUGCAGCUUCAUCGAAGCAGACGACUACCAUUCUCAGGCAAACAAAGCCAAGAUGAGCAAGGGCAUCCCUCUCACCGACGGCGACCGCAUCCCGUGGCUGGAGGCCCUCCGCGACGCUGUCAGGGAGCGGCUGGAUCAUGGCGAGGACGUCGCCGUCAGCUGCUCGGCAUUGCAGCAGAAGUACAGGGAGAUCCUCAGGGAAGGAGACUGCAGCUUCAGGUCAGGUUCAGGGAGCUACUCCAGCUGCAGGGUGAAGUUUGUGUGCCUGGAGGCAUCAGCAGAGGUGAUUGCUGACAGGAUCAGGAGGAGAUCAAUGGAAGGGGAGCACUUCAUGCCGGCGAGCUUGCUCCAGAGCCAGCUCGACCUGCUGCAGAUCGAUGAGGCGGAGGGGAUCACCGUGGUCGAUGCCACGGUGCGCCCCAACGCCAUCGUCCACGACACCAUUGCUCGGUUCAGGGAGCAGCUAGCAUCCACUGUGUGCUGAAUGACUGCUCAUCAAGUUCCCACAGGUGUAAGACAGAUUGUAAUUCCACAUCCAUGAUCCAAUUAUCAUGUAAAACCUUCAGAAUUUGCAAAUAGCAAGAAACUCAAGCUUUCUUCAACA